UGGACUCCGGGCAGAGGCCCAUCGGGCUGGACUCCGGGCAGAGGCACAUCGGGCUGGACUCUGGGCAGAGGCACAUCGGAUCACCAGGCGGAGCAGCAGGCAGCGAGCCCCCAGGCGGGGCGACAGGUAGUGGGCCCCCAGGCGGGGCGACAGGCACCGGGCCCCCAGGCGGGGCGACAGGCAUCGGGCCCCCAGGCAGAGCGGCGGGCGCCGGGCCCUCAGACGGGAGCGGCGGGUGCCGGACCCCCAGGCGGAGCGGCGGGCGCCGGACCCCCAGGCAGAGCGUCAGGUCUCGGGCCCCCAGGCGGAGCGGCGGGCGCCGGACCCCCAGGCGGAGCGACAGGCACCGAGUCACCAGGCACAACAGUGGGCUCCGAGUCAACUGGCAUGACCGCUGGCACUAGGUCAGACAUUGGAUCGUCUGGCUGGACAGCGGGCAUCGGGUCACCAGGC